GGGGGUCGAGAGCCAGCCUAGCUUGGUCGCUCGCCGCUCGAUUUUCUCGCUGCUUGUGGUGUCGCCAUUUUCUAAGGGAAGUUUGGGCCGGUGUCGAGGCGCGUGGCGGGGAGGUACCAGCCAAUGUAUGCUGCUGCUUGUUUAACCAGAUCAGUGAUCAGCUGCAGUGUGAUUCACCAAACUGAGUCAAGCUAACAAGACAAUGUCAUUGGCAUAUUCAGCAUCUUGAAGCAGAAUGUUCAGCUCAGUGCUACCGAUAGUUGUCUUCUCAAGCUUAUCCAUCAACCCGUCAGUGACAAUCUUGGACAAUAAUGGUGACAGAAUACAGCCUUACUGAACUUCUAUAGAGAUGGGACCCAUCUCUUGCUGCAAAGCUCUAUGGAACUGAGGAAAGUUGAAGAACACCAGAUUGAUGUUUUUGGUUCUCUUCUUUAGUCAGCUGCUCCAUAUUGAGGAGCAAGAGAAGUUCAGAGAGGAAGACCAAUAAAUUCCAAAGCUUGUGUACCAAGGAAUGCCGCUACAUGGGCAGCGAGCACAUGGGCACCAAAAACUUUGGUGGAGUGACAAGAUUGUCAGUGAUGGGCUUGUGACCCAGGAGUCUCUCUCUUAGAGCCAACUGGCAACGGGCACAACUGUAUUGGGUUACAGGAAUCUCCUGAGUCAGCAUGACAAGAAAAUCCUUCAAAUAUUAAUGAUUGACCUGUUGAAUUGGAGAUAGUUCACCUCUCAGUGACUUCAUAAAUAUCUGCUUCAAUUACCUUUGAAUAUUGAAGCAUGUUUGUUCCAAGGUCUCUUAAAGUCAAGAGGAAUGCUGAUGAUAACCUAAGCUGUACAGCAAAAAUAAAAAAGUUGUCUUCUGGAGAACCCUCAUUAGUGGAGGACACAGGCUUCAGAGAUGUUAAGCCAGCUAUAAAAGACACUUCUGCUUCAGGCUGUAAUUUAUAUAAAGCAGUACAAGAAUGCACAGAGCGACACACUUUUCCAGAUUCAGACUUCCCCUUUGCUGAUGAAUCUUUGGGAAGUGACAACCAAAAUGUUGAUGAAGACAGCUCCUCUGUAGACGAACCCAUUAAAUCUUUCAGCAAAUCCCAGCGCUGGGCAGAACCUGGAGAACCUGUGUGUGUUGUUUGUGGUCGUUAUGGUGAAUAUAUUUGUGAUAAAACAGAUGAAGAUGUUUGUAGUUUAGAAUGCAAAGCCAAACAUCUUUUACAAGUUAAAGAAAAGGAAGAAGGGUUAAACUCUGACAGUCUUGUGAAAGUAGAAUCAAAACCAGAAACUCUUUUGCCUGUUAUGCUUUAUACCUAUAAAGAACAUUCCUUUAUUUUAAGCCUGCAAGAUGACCAGAUCAAGAAUCUUAAAUUACAGUUAGGCAUUGUUGUCCAGGGCGAAGGAGUUACAAGACCUAUUAUAGAGUUUGAACACUGUGGUUUCCCUGAAACUUUAAACUAUAAUUUGAAGAAUUCAGGCUAUGAAGUUCCAACCCCUGUCCAGAUGCAGAUGAUUCCUGUUGGACUUUUGGGAAGGGAUAUCGUGGCCAGUGCAGACACAGGCUCAGGAAAAACUGCAGCCUUCCUGCUUCCAGUUAUUAUUAAAGCCUUAGAAGAGACUAAAACUCCGUCUGCACUUAUUCUGACACCAACGAGAGAGUUAGCCAUUCAGAUAGAGAGACAAGCUAAAGAGUUGAUGAUUGGUCUGCCAAACAUGAGAACAGUUCUUCUUGUAGGAGGUUUACCACUGCCACCCCAACUUCAUCGUCUGAAACAAACUGUUAAGGUUAUAAUAGCAACACCCGGAAGACUAUUAGAUAUUUUAAAACAAAGCUCUGUUCAGCUCCAUGGUAUUAAAAUCGUAGUUGUGGAUGAAGCUGAUACCAUGUUAAAGAUGGGCUUCCAGCAACAAGUGCUGGAUAUUUUGGAAAACAUCUCCAGUGAUCGUCAGACCAUAUUGGUUUCAGCCACAAUACCAGUUGGCAUUGAGCAGCUGGCAAAUCAACUUCUGCAGAAUCCUGUGAGAAUAACCAUUGGAGAAAAGAAUCUCCCAUGUUCCAAUGUUCGCCAGAUUAUCUUGUGGGUAGAAGAACCAUCUAAAAAGAAAAAACUAUUUGAAAUAUUAAAUGAUAAGAAACUCUUCAAACCUCCAGUAUUGGUAUUUGUGGAUUGCAAGCUAGGAGCAGAUCUUUUGAGUGAUGCUGUUCAUAAAAUCACAGGAUUACAAUGCAUAUCGAUGCAUUCUGAUAAAUCACAAAUUGAAAGAACAAAUAUAUUGCAGGGAUUAUUUCAGGAAAAAUAUGAAGUCGUAGUAAGCACUGGAGUCCUUGGGCGAGGGCUUGACCUUGUCAAUGUCAAACUGGUAGUAAAUUUUGAUAUGCCCUCAAGCAUGGACGAAUACGUACAUCAGGUUGGAAGAGCAGGAAGGCUGGGUCACAGUGGAACUGCAAUUACUUUUAUCAAUAACAACAGCAAGAAGCUUUUUUGGGAUGUUGUAAAGAGAGUAAAACCAACAGGCAUGAUUCUUCCUCCACAGUUGCUAAACUCCCCUUAUCUUCAUGACCAAAAGAGAAAAGAACAACAGAAAGUUAAACAAUCACAGAAUAGUCUUGUAACAGUCUUGGAUGAAGACCCAGCACAUGUUGUUCAUUUUAAGAACACUUCCACUGCAGAUCUGACAAAACGCAAAGAAGGUACCAAUGUGAGAUUUCUAAAGAUAGCUACAGCACUCGACCCAAGGUUUAAGAAUCUGAAGUGCCUUCCAAAAUCUGAGAGGGACGGGGUGUGGAGCAUGCUUUCAGAAGUCUUAAAAGAGCAACGCUCAGAUGCAGAAACUACCGAACCUCAGCCACCAUAAAAGAAAAUCAACCUUCUGCUGGCGGCAUCUAACUCAGAGGAUGAAAAUGAACACGCGUUGGCCCGCGCUGCUUUGGAUUGUUAUCGAGCAGAACCAAUCAUCAGCAUGGGCAUAUGUCCCCUGGAAUGGUGGUUGAAGCAUGAAGGGGCAUAUGAAUCUUUAGCACAUCUGGCAUGUAAAUAUCUUGUGACGCCAGCUACAAUAGUGCCCGGAGAAUUCCUGUUCUCACUUUCAGGUGACAUUGUAAACAAGAAGCGGGAAGUAUUUUCUUCUGCAAAUAUAAACCAACUUGUUUGUCUGAGCGAUUAGCUGAACAAAAGGUAGGACUGAGUGGACUUGUAGGCUCUAAAGUUGUACGUUGUUUUAUUUUUGAAUGCAGUUUUUUGUACAUAAUUCUACAUUUGUAAGUUCAUUACAGUACUUGUAUUAGUUUAAUUGAAAAAUACUGUUUUGUUUUUUUACAGUGCAAAUACUUGUAAUCAAAAAUAAAUACAAAGUGUACACUG